AUACAGCCCCCACUAACCCCUGUCUUCUCCCCGCCAGUGAUUCUCGUCACCGGCGUGAGCGGCUUCAUCGGCUCCCACGUGGCCAAGCUGCUCCUCGAGGAAGGCUACAAAGUCCGAGGCACCGUCAGGAGUCUCUCCAACGAGGCCAAGGUAGAGCCCCUCAAGAACCUGGUGCCCGAGGCCAAGUUCCCCCUCGAGCUGGUGGAGGCCGACCUCACCAAGGAGGAAGGAUGGGAUAAGGCCGUGGAAGGGUGCACGGGCGUCCUCCACGUGGCCAGCCCAUUCCCCGACCUCGUGAACCAACAGGCGGAGGAGGCAGGACUCGUGGACACGGCGAAGGACGGCACGCUACAGGUCCUGAAGGCUGUCGCCGCCCACGCCGCCGCCUCCGUCAAGCGGGUCGUGGUUACGUCCUCCUUCGCUGCGGUUUUCGGAGAGCCCGCGCCAGACGCCGAGAAGACCUACACAGAGGAGGACUGGACGGACGCUGAGAGCACGACCAUCGACGCCUACACGAAGUCGAAGGUCGUGGCGGAGAAAGCGGCCUGGGAUUUCGUCAAGGAGCUGCCAGACGACCAGAAAUUCGAGCUGACAGUCAUCAACCCAACCUUCGUCCUCGGCCCUCCCCUGCUUGAGGCCCACAAGAGUGCCACAUCGGUCAACUUCAUGGCACAGAUCGUCAACAGAGCCUAUCCUGGAGUGGCACGUGUUCAGUUCCCCAUCUGUGACGUGCGCGACGUGGCGAAGGCUCACGUGAAGAUGGUUGAGGUGCUAGGUGUCGAGCCAACUGCCAUCGAUUGCACAGUGCAAGACAUGGUUUACGCCCUCGUUGACCUGGGCAUCGUCCGCAAGGCCAAGAAGUACAAGCAGCUCUGCGUGUGGAUGAAGGACAUCGCCCUGGCUGCCUCGAAGGAGUUCAAGCCCCAAGGCUACUCGAUUCCCACGGGCCAGCUUCCUUACUUCCUGUGCUGGGUGGCGGGACUCUUCAAUAAGGGCAUGAAGAAUAACAUCCUGCCUCGUCUCGGGAAGCAGAUCAGUGCCAGCAACAAGAGGAUGGUUGAGGUGCUAGGUGUCGAGCCAACUGCCAUCGAUUGCACUGUGCAAGACAUGGUUUACGCCCUCGUUGACCUGGGCAUCGUCCGCAAGGCCAAGAAGUACAAGCAGGUCGGAUCCCGAGCAGAGGUCCCGGCUGUGAAUGGGGAAGUAGAGGAAGACAAGAAGGAAGGAAAGGAAGAGGAGAAGGCUGAGGAAGCAGAAGAGAAGAAGGAACUGGAGCCAGAGGAUAAAGAGAAAAAGGAAGGCGAGGAAAUCAAAGAGGAGAAGAGCGAAGCCCCGAAAGAGGAGAGCAAAGAGAAAGAGGAGACAGGCAAGGAAGAGAAGAAAGACGAGAGCGAAGCCGAGAAAUGAAGAUUGAAACGGAGGAGUAAGAGUGAAGAUUUUUCGGAACUCUCGAAAUUCCGCAUUUGGAUCAGCCUGAGUUUUGACAGCCCUACGGAUUGCGGGGCGAUGCUGCACACCUAUGAGUGAGAGGCAGUUUUGGAUAUCGUGUCCGCCAGAGUGUGAGAGAUUGAUUUUUUUUUUUCCUUUUUUCCUUUUUUUUUUUUUUUUUGUCUUGAUUUUUUUGUUUUUCUCGGUUCUUGUUUUUGGGGUGAAGUUGUGGUUUUUAAUUUUUUGUUUUUUUUAUGUUAUUAUAUAUAUAUUUUGUUUAUAUUGUUUUUGUUUUUUUCUCUUUUUUUCGUUUCGUUUCGUUUCUUUCCAUUUAUUUUGGAAUAGGUGCUGUUUUCUUUUCUCCAAUCUUUUAUAAAUGUUUUAUAUAUAUAAAUAUAUAUGUAUGUAUGUGUGUGUGUAUGUAUGUACGUUUUAUUUUUUUAAAAAUUCGUUUGUCAUGUCAAGUCCAAACAUGUUUCAUUUCCACGUGUAUUUUAUGUUCAGUAUUAAAUGGAUGUAUUCAUGUAGACUUACAUAACUAGGUAUGUGUACCAAUGAUUGAAGAGUCAGACGAAGUGAAGAUUAGUACAGUGGUAGCCAGUUAGAUUGUUUAUAAACCAAGGAAUUUGGCAUUUUUCAAGUAGCAUGGUUUUUUUGUUUUUCAUUACAGAUAGGUAGGCUGUAAACACACUUUUGAUGAUUUGAUAAUACGAGUUUUAGGUUUAUAGUUAAAUAUGACACUUAGGUUUGUUUUUAUUUUAUUGUUUUUUUUUUUUUUUUAUUUAGCAACUAACACAGCAUAACUGAUUGGUUAAAGGUGCCUUGAUUUCCCCCCCCCCCCCCAUAUCCACCCCUCAAAAAGAUAGACAUUUAAACCCAAAAAUUGUGAUACCAUCUAGAGGCCAGUUGCAGGAUAGUCUUCCUUCAUUGAUAAUCUUUUUAGAAACAGUAUAUAUAUGCAUAUAUAUGUAUGUGUAUGUAUAUAUAUAUAUAUUGCUGUGCGCACCCUCACUGGCUUUUGAAUUUUUACUCUGCCUUAUCCAAGUGCAUCUGGAAUACUUAUCACAGACCCCUUUUUUGAUACAAAUCACCCCCACCCCCUUAAAAAAAAAAGUGGUAAAAUAAUAAUGACAAUGAUAAUAAUACUGAUAUUUUAAAAGAUUUUUUUUUAAAUGUUAAUUAAUUAGGUCGAAUCGGUCACACGCUCAAAAAAAGGAAAACAAAUAAAACAAAGAAAACAAAAAGAAAAAGAAAAAACACUCCCCAAGCUCGAACUCCUCAAAGUUUCAAAAAAAAACAAAAAGAAGAAAAUAAAUAAAUGGGGAAAAAAAAUCAUUUAAAAAUGGACCAACCCCAUAAUUGGCUUCAGCGCAUGGGAGUGUGAACCUUAUACCCAGGUAGUUUAAAGAUCAUAACUGUAUGGCAUAUCUACGUAGGAUUAGGGAGGAAGGGAAUCAGUUCAAGAACUUCUGUGGUGUUAUUCAAGAAAGAAAAAUGGAAGGAAAACAGAAGAAGAAAGGAGAGAUAGAGAGAGAAUGAAAGAUACAUUGUGAGAGUAAUUCAUAGAAGAGUUACCGUUGGACAUAUUCUAGCGUUGCAGGGUACAUCAUCGAAAUUGAUCUACUUAGAAAUAAGUGUACUCUAGGAUCCGUGAUGUGUGUGUGUGUAUGUGUGUGUUUUUUCCCCUUUUUUGUAAGUGCAUUUUACCUGUAUUUUUUGAGGUGCCGAGUGGCUGUUUCUGUAUAUUUGACCGUGUGCAUGUAUAAGUGUGUGGGGAAAAGAAAGUGUCAUUCUCUGCCUGACAAUAGUUUCUAAGUGUCUGAAUUUCGAGGAUUUACCCACUUGACAGCGAGGUAGAAUCAGCUGAUGUGAAAGAAAUAAACAAUGUAGAAAUGUUUCCUCCAUGCUUACCUUUAUAGUAGCAGUUUCUUAUAAAUGUACAUAUAUUUUUACUAUUUCCUAAUUUUGUAUGCACUUUUAAGAAAUGUCAGACAAUGUGAUAUUUUUGUUAUUGCUCAAUUUAGUUUACAUUAGAGGAAAAAGAAGAAGACGAAGAAGAAGAAAUAAAACGGUAUUUCGGUGAGAGUGUCCCACCAUUUUGACUCAAAAUUGCUGUAGAAGAUUUUGGUAGCUUUUGUACUAAAUUUUUAAUAAGACUUUCAUUCAUUUCUCUAGAUCAAUUUAUUAGUAUAGGCACAUUUUCUCUUAUAUCUCUAGAUGUUUAAGCCUUGUUUUCCAUGCUACUGCUGUAGUUUUAAGUCCAAAUUAUUAUAUGACUAUUGGGAAUUGUCCCCCCAUGCCACUGAUAAUAUAUAUAUAAGUUUGAUGAUGAGAGUGCGGUUCAAAGAAUCGAGAAGAGAGAGAAUGAGUCAUUAGCCUCUGUUCAACCCCCCCCCCCCCCCAAAAAAAAAAAAAAAAAAAAAAAACAUGUAUGGUACAUAUUUAAGCACAACCUAUCAACUAUCCGAUUUGUACAGACCGACAUUUGCCCACUGAAAGCUCUCCCCCCAACCGCCCCUUAGCGAGACGAACAACCGCUGUCCAGCCAUUGUUGUUUCUUGCUCUGGUUCCUAAGUCCUUGUGUAGGGAUCUUGGGGGUCUCGCCGACUCCCUUUUUGUAAACCCGUUUGGCUGAGAGAGAGAGAGAGAGUUAGUGUGAGGAGACUCUUUGCAUACUUCCUUUGUAUCGUAGCUUUCCUUAGGGAAGGGUAGGUUAGAGAGAUGGGUAAGGGGGUGGGGAUGGGGGGGGGAGGGGGAGGGGUUGGAGGGGGUGGUGCGAUCGAGAGAGAAAAAAGGUCUGCCCCAGUAGCAUCCCCUCUCUCUCUGUAGCUUGUUUUUUAUACGUAUGGGGGAAGGAAAGGCGGAUUCUUGAUGUGGGGAGGAGAGAGGCAUUUAUAUGGGGAUGCCCAAUGCCCUCAGUCUCCCCGACCCACGCUACUCUAAAUCUUUAUACUCAGACACAUUCCCCUUCCCUUCCCCUCCUCCUCCCCUCCUCCCCCUACUUUCUAUCCCAUCCUCCCGUCACGCCCUUCCCUAAUUCUUUAUUGAAAUCAAGGAAGUAGUUCAUUGCUUAAACCAUUUUCCUUCGUGUUGUCGUCAAUUUUCCUUGUGGCCUUUACCCCCACCUUCCCCUCCCUCCCUCCCUCCCUCCUCCCACUCUCUCUUUAUUUUCUAUUUUGCCCGACUGUGUGUCUGUCUUUCACAGGAAUUAAAAAUUAGUAUAUUUAGAUAAAGGGGGAAGAGCGAGAGAGAGAAAAAGUAAGAGGAAAAAAAAAUGAAGAAACGAAUUUUAUAGCAUUGUGAGAGUACUGAUUUUUUCUUUCUUUCUUUCUUUCUUUCAUCUUUAAAUUCUCUUUUUCUUUCCUUAACUUGAAACAGAAUUAAAAAAAAAAAAAUCAAAUAGAGGAAGAACAAUGCAGAGAGAAUGACCUUACUUAAACACAACCCUUAAAUAUUGAAGGUCAAUGACUCUUUUUUUCUUAAUUAAUCCUCAGCUUCACAUGCUACCCCACCUUAAGAUUAUAUAUCAUAAGUUCCUUCGUAUAAUACUUAUCCAACAGACUCGAAACUUGUAAACUUCCCCCUCCCCCUCCCCCCCCACCCCCUCUUCUACUGCCAUAUGUAAGGGCUUGAUUUUAAACAGUGUUAAACAGGAUCCAAUGUGACAGUGUAGGCAGUAUAACUCGUGACCAAUUGUCGACUGUGUUUGUUUGUCUUUUCCAAAAGAGGUGUAGAGAAGAAAUGCAAAAAAAAAAAAAAGAAGGAGAAAGGGAACAAAGGAAUGGUAGGAAUUAGGGAACAUAGGAAAAAAGUUAUGAAUGAAAGGACGUAAGAAGGAAUUAAAUUAAAAGAAAGAAAUAUAUAAUUAAAAAAAAUAUAUAUAUAAAUAUUCUCGAUAGAGGAACAACGACUUUGUAGCCAUCCAUACUCUACCCCCUCCCCCCCUCCCCCCUCUACACGCUCUCCCUUGGAAAAAAAAGUGAAGAUAAUAUAUAAAUAAAUGAAUAAGUGAAUGAAAGAUCAACCAAAACUGAAGAAACACCACCCUCCCGACCCCCCCCCCCCCUAAAAAAAAACAAGCAAACAAGCAAAACAAAGCAAAACAAACGUACACACACGACAGUCGCACCAAUUUAUCUAAUCUAUAUCUUUUCGUAUCUUCUCUUCUAUAUAAAAAGAAAAAAACAUUUCAUAGAAAGAAAAAAAAUAAAACAAAAAAAUACUUAAAAAAAAAAUAUAAAACUAAAUCAAACUCUGCACGUUAUGUGUUGGAUGUUGAAUCUUUCCUCUUCAAAAUGAGUUUUCUGUGAAUAGGCUUGAGAGAAAAAGGAUGAAUACUGUGAAGGACUUUUAAAGUGUAUUGUGAGCAGUAAAGGCUAAGUCUGUGGAA